CAGAUUCUAAUCGCUGCGCAAUGGAAACUGUCACAGCCCCGUCUACCACCUACCUCCAAGGCGAAAACCCACCACAAACAGUGGAAGAACAAGAGCACCAUGAGAAGAAGCCUGUCAUGAAGAAAGUAAAAGACAAGGUGAAGAAGAUAAAGAAUGCCAUCACCAAGAAAUCACAUGGCCAUGGGGACGAAGGCGUUGAUGAUGAUACUUACCACCAACACGGCGACUUGGAUGAAGGAGACGAUGGGUUCGUGGAGGACGAUGAGAUGUCGGACGACCCUGAAGUCCAUGGCGCCCCAAUGUAUGAGAGCUCGGCUAUUGGUAUGAGAACCGGAGGGAAGGAGAUGUUGGGAGGAAGAGGAGGCGGUGGUGCUGGUUUGGGUUUGAGCACGACGAAGUUUGAUGAGGAUCCAGACGCACCGAGGACUGAAACUGAUACGAUUACAAGAGGUGGACUCAGGCGAGGUGGCGAAGAGGUUGACGUGUCGCCGGAGCUCAGCCGCUCCUUGGAGGCGAUGACCAUCUCCGCCCAGAACGACAGAGGAGAAACGGAGCUUCCCAAAGACCAAAACAGCAGCUACACCAGCAUGGUCUCGUCGGCAGCUUCCAAGGUGUAUGGAUUAGUGGCCGAUGCAGGGUCGGCGGUGAUCUCAAAAGUAAAACCUGAAGCUAGAAAGGACGUUGAAGAUGACGCGGUGGAGAAACAGGAUAAGGGGCUUUCGAUAAAGGAGUAUAUAACGGAGAAGCUGACGCCAGGGGAGGACGAGAAGGCUCUUUCGGAGUUGAUAACGGAGGCUGGACAGAUGAGGACGAAUGAGGCAGUGGAGGCGCCGCCGGCGACAGAGAAGUCGGGCUUCGGCGAGGGUGGAAGUGGGGCGGGUGUGAUGGAAAGACUUAAAGAGACCGUUACUUCGCUUCUCGGAGGUGGCGACCGUUCUCCUAAAUCGUCGGCGAGCGAAGCUCACAGCAAAGUGGCGCAGGACAACAAAGACGUUUGUCAUUGAUGAUCUGAAUAAAUCAGCCAAGCGAACGAUCUUUAGUGAAGAAUUGCCGUUUUCGUAGCACUGAUUGAAAAUGCUGUACUGGACUGUUUUUUUUUUGGUUCACCUGUUUGAUAUUGUGGAUUUUGUUUCUCAUUUAUUUGUUUGCGCUGUUCUUGUUGGAUUGUUUGGCCCAUGAUUCGUGUGGCUCUUAAGCGAGUUUGCUUUUCAUAAAUAAUACUUGUUGGUAAUAUAAAUUUCUUUGGAGAAAUUUUAAA